UGAGAAGGUAAUGGUGGGGAACAAGAAUGACAGCAAACAAGGCAUGCUUCAUACAUUUAAAAACCAUUUAAGGCAUUAAAAGGCACAGAAGAGAUGCAAACAUGAACUUCAUUUACUGCAGCGUGUGGAGGUUCAUAUCGCCCUACAGAGCCCCCCAGAAGGGGCUGUGACAUCUAUUGGUAGACCCACAGGGAGCUGAUGGAGGGGUCGUUGCUUAGGCUUGUACAGGAUAGACUUUCCACGAGCGAGAACUGUGGGCACUUUUUUGACUUUAGUAACACACAGCGUGGAACAGCGAUGUUUCCUCAUGAGAUGGUAUUGGUUUUUCACUGCUGCUACAUUUUACCCUGUACUUGGAUUGAAAAGCAGGAAGCAGUGACCCUUAAGGAUAAAUAGAUGUGGUAAUGUAUAGGUAGUUAUCUUUUUCCAUUAAAUUUCUGUGAGAGAGAUCCAUGACAUAGAUUCCACCAUCUCCAAAAUGUAUCUUUUCGUUCAGUCACACUUAAAUAUCCAUCAGCUAAGCCGUACUUUCUGUAGCAUCUAGUGACAUUCUGCCAAGGGAUUCCCUUGGGGUUCAUGAGCUUGCUUUUAUCAUAGUGUCACUCGAUGCAUCUCCUGCUUUAGAAGUGAAUGCCUUUGUUUUAUUUACAUUAGCACUUGUUUGUGUGAAUGCCUUGGCACAGGCUUAACAUCUGGAGGCUGGGAUCCUGUGACCAGGUUCUGGUUCGUUGCCAUCAUCUCACACGUGUCACAGGGCACCAGCAUUUCCCGUAAGUGCUAAGCCUUUCUUGGUAUGUGUGUCUGAAAUAGUAACCAUCUGAUAUCGCUCUCUUGUAUCUUACCCUGUAUAUGCUGUAGGAAAGUGAGCAUGAUGAAAGCAUUUGGGAGAACAUUAUUCACCAGUUUGACAAACAAGAACCCAUCUGUGAUCUUCAAAAGCUUGCAGGUCGCUUCCUGGGACAACAGCGGCUGAAUGUGCAUCAAAUUUGAAGAAGAUCUAUACAGUACGAACAGUACAGGAUUUCUGGAGUGUGUACAACAACAUUCCUCCUGUGGCAAAUUUGCCUCUGAGAUGUAGCUACCAUUUAAUGCGGGGAGAAAGGCGGCCGCUUUGGGAAGAAGAGAGCAAUGCCAAAGGCGGUAUAUGGAAAAUGAAGGUCCCUAAAGAAAGCACGGCUACAGUUUGGAAAGAGCUACUGUUAGCAACUAUCGGAGAGCAGUUUACAGAUUGUUGUGCAGCAGAUGAUGAAGUAAUAGGGGUUAGCGUCAGCAUUCGUGACCGUGAAGAUGUUGUGCAAGUCUGGAAUGUGAAUGCCUCUUUAGCAAGUGAAGCAAAAGUUUUAGAAAAGAUACAUAAGCUUCUGCCACACACGUCCUUUAAAGCGGUCUUUUAUAAACCACACAGAGAGCAUCAUGCUUUUGAAGGCUGACGUGGAAAACACUGAGCAGUCUGUGCCAAGCUCAUUCAUUGUUAUCUGGUGUUUUGAGAUGGUCUGGACAAGGAGAAGGGUGGAGGGAGCCCUGCAGAAGCCCUACACGCAGCGACCCUUUUGAGUUUCUAACAUUUCAGAUUGGGAAAAUGAGGAAAACCAGGUGCCUUGACUGCUAAAUGUGCAAUUCGUUACUUCUGGUUUGUUUGGUUGUUUGGGUUUUUUUAAAUUUUUCAUUGUUUCUUUGAAAAGAUAUUUUGGCCGCUUGUUUUUUUUCAAUCAGAUUGUAUUUGUUCCUCUUUCACUGGGAUAGCAGGCUUUCAUUUCUUCUGUACUAAGUUAAAUGCAAACGUGCGCAGAGAUGGUAUGCUGCUCUUUCUAGAUUUGCUGUAUGUAGAGGAAUACUGGCUUCGUGAAAUGUGUUUUCAAUUUUCAUUUUAAAACAUUCCUAUCAUGUUAAGAUUUACUCACUGGUUUCAUCCCAAGAGAGAGAGAAAUUGCACUGCGUUUAUUCUAAUAGUCAACAUAAUCUGGUUUUGCACUGACAACAGGACGCAUACUGUAAAGGUAAAUAGUAAAGUGUUCACUAAACGAGUAACUAAAGAGAGCACAUUUAUAUUGGGACUAAACCUCUGUGGGAUGUAGCGAGUGCUUUAAUUGUAGGGAUUUCAGAAGAGCCCCUGUUCAGACUAGAACGAGAGACCUUUCCGUAGGAAACCCUGCAAGCUCCACACCUCUCUCUUAUAUAUAUGAGGGGAUGGGUUUUGAAUGGUUUUGUAUAGUUUCUUAUCAUAUUUCUCUGUACUUUCAUGAUAAAUUGUCAUGAAGCAUUUCUAAGGCAUUAGACUAACUGGAUCCGUCCCUCACGCUUCUGUGAGUACUUUUGGCCUGUGCCUGCACCCACAAAGGUCCGUAUCAGAACUGCUGUUGACUUCAGUGCAAAGGAAGAGAUCCCAUCGUAUGUAGUUUGAAGCCACCAUGACUUCCUAAGUGACCUUUUAAAAAAAGAAAAAAUAGGGAAAAGAAAUGGAUUUUGUGUUGCAGCAUGAAUAUGAAUACAAAAUGUGUUGAUCUUUAGUUGUCGAUACUAAUUAUUUGAGGUGUUGGCUUGUUAGUAUACUAACAAAGAUUGCUUUAGUUCCUUUUACAAGAAGAAGCUGCAAGGAGCGUACACUCCACUGCCCGUUACCUCAUUGUUAAGAGGUUUUUGUUUGGCAACCGUUCAGGUUGCGCUGAUUUCCACAUCUUUAGUGUAGUAAGAGGCAGCCAUUAAAACCAUAUAAAUUUUAAAAUAACAAUCGCACAUUUGCGAUUUUUUUACUGCCUUUGUAUUUAUGAAUUAAAACUGUGCCGUUAAUGAGCAUUAUUAAUUAAAUAAAUUUUCUAAAAUCCA